UGCAUACUUUUAACGGGAGUCAAAUUUAACCUUAGGUUUUUAACUGCACAUCCGUUGUAUAUUAGACAAUGCAUUGUUAAAUCAAACCACAGAAUUAUUUGAUAACAUGGCUACAGGGCAUUCCGCAGAUGAUGUUUCAUCAAGGAUAAUGCAUGAUUUAGAUUCUGGACCAGAGUUCGAAAUAUCGGACAAUAGUGCUGAUUCUGAUGCCAGCAUCAAGAUCGAACGUCAGCGUUCAGUCAGUCUAGAUGGUGCCGUGACCAGGAAAAAAAAUUCAGUUAAAUUAUCCGGUAGCAGCAAGAAGACAAGAACAACACCAUUUAGUGACCCUGUUUUCAGAAUCAAAUUAUUAAAGACCGGCUUUCUUCUGUGGAAUAUGACCAUUCUGGGCUGGGAAUAUCGUCUGCUGGGACCGAUAUUUCCUGAUCUGCAAGACAUAGCUGGUGUGUCACUGAAACAGGGAUCAUGGUUUUUUACAGGAAAUGCUAUAGGUUAUCUUGCUGGCUGCCUGCUCGCCGGACUAACCCAAAAAAGGUUCAGUACUAAUUUGAUGUUGUUUUUCUACACUAUGGUUUCGGCAAGAGCAUUUCCUUUAUUGCCAUGGAUACCAAGUUUUGAGGUCAUAGUAUUUCUAUUUGCACUUACUGGUCUAGGCUAUGGCAAAAACAUUAGAGAUGUGCAUACAUGCAGUGUUCAUGGAAUAAUUUUUGAAAUCUGGGAUGACAAAGUUGGACCAUACUUCCAGAUGAUGCAUGUAGUCCAGGCUUUGGGAGGAAUUCUCUCUCCACUGGCUACAAAACCAUUUCUACGGAAAGAACAGGACGAACAUUUAGACAAAAUCAACUCCACAGAGACGAUAUGCCUACAGAACGCAAGGCCGUCUUCAAUUACUACAGUCAGCACAAACAACAGUAACAACCCGGAUGACGUCAUGAUGACGGAUACCGACUUGCACUACGCUCUUUUUAUUUCCGGUUUAUUGCUUGUCUCAGCUGCAGUUCCUUUCCUUGCUAUUUUCUUCAAGAACCAGCAUUCAAAGAAAUCGCAACGUCAGAAGUAUGCUAAAAAUGUGAGUUCAGUAGAUGAACAGAAACUGUUACCAACACAUAUUGAAAGGACGGUUUUGUGUAUUUUUAUAUUAAAUUCGUUUGUAGCUACAGCGUUUCUAGAUCUAUUUCCUACUUUUCUGACCACAUUUGUAAUAGAACGAGCAAGCAUGACACAGCAAAAUGGAGCAAAUCUUAGUUCGGCAUACUUCGCCAUGUACGGUGUAGGCAAUUUUUUGAACAUAUUUGCUUCAAUUUACAUCAAAACUACUAAAAUAAUUAUAUUUUCCUAUAUAACCACAGGAAUUAUGCUUACAUGUGUUAUAUUUAGUGUUCUUUUUCCAAAUAAAGAUACGCUUUCGGUUUUUAUACCUUUGUGUGGAGCUAGUGAGGCUAUUAUUUUACCCACGAUCUUCACAUGGAUACAGGAACACGUGACGCCCGUCACGGGAAAGCUGGCUUCCGGUCUACUUAUUUCCGGUUCAUUAGGAGUAACUCUAAACCCUUUGUUAGUAGGAUAUCUAAUGGAGGUGCACUCUCCAAUGUGGUUCUUAUAUUUGUCCUUAGUCUAUACUAUCUUUUGUGCAGUGUUGUUCGUUAUGGCUGUGAUUCUUACAGAAACGUAUUCGAACAAAAGGAAAUUGACAGAGGAGUCAGGUAUUGCAGACAAAAGCAAUUAAAACGAAAUCGAAGAUGGCAAUAUGUAUUAAUAGCGAGCUCGAGAAUCGAGCUUUACGGUAACGCAAGUAUACUUCCACACUUGAUGAUGGAUUUGAAAAGUUUCGUCGGAAGAUCUUAAAAAGCGCACCCUAACGGAUAGGUGCUCACAGGAAGUACUUCUUUCCGUAGUGAAUACAGAGCUUCAUUCAAUUGCUAAAAAUAUUCAUCACUCAACAAUAAUGAAAAAAUGCUAUCCAGUUGUUUGAAAAAAUAUUAUUUUCAUUUAAAAGAUCAAGCAUCGGCCAUAAAAUGGAAAAAAUGUCAUUAAUAAGCAGAAAGAAACGGGAACGCGGUAAUGACGUCACCGUGACACCGGCUUCCCAUAAUUUUUGCAACGUAUGAUAUUCCCUGUUACAGGUAUGGUGACACUAAAUGUAGACUUUUUCAAGUGAAUGGGUUCUCCUGAAUUCUUGUGAGUAGGGAAUAGUUUCUUUGUGACAAAUAAAUGAUGCAUAAUAUUUUUAGCUAAAUCCGAUUUCUUUGAGCUCGCUUUGAGGCUUUGCCUUAUUUCAUAUUAUAUUUAAAAUGAAAACGACAGACGUGUUCAUUAUUACUCUUCUGCAGUAUAUGCGUAAGUUUCAAUAUACAUAACUUACUUAUGAAUCAUAUAAUGGUAACAGACAUCGGAGAACAGAGGUAGGCAUCAGGAUGCGUUUUAUUUCAAAACAUUAACAAAAUUUGGAUAGUUAAAAAUACAGGAUUGCUCACGUAGGAUUGCCUUUGUCGGAUUGAUUGUGGACAGUGUGGAAGAUUUGUCUAAUGUCCACAUUUAUCGCUAUUAAAAGAUUUGCUUAUGUAGUGUAAUGGAAAUUAGUCCAUUGUAAAUAUAUCCUAAUUUUCCAUUUUUGCUACAUUUUCAUGUAGAACGUAUAUUUUAACCAUACGUUUUCGUUGACAGAAUGCAUUCCACAUGAAGUAAGAUGUUUUCGUUUUUAUACUCCAUCGACACUAAAUUUUGCAGAUCAAACCUGAAGAAGAUUUUUUUUGAUUUUGCGGACAAGAGUAAAUAUGUCAUCUUUUCAUGUUUUUCACAUAAUACUGCCUUAAUUGGUAAAUAAUUGAGUCAUGAAAAAACAUGUAAUUUCAUGUAAUAAGGGGAGGACAGUCGUAAGCUAAUAUAGCUUUCUGUCCAAUUCCUGAAAUGUUAUAUUGUAAAUAUUUCAUGAUUUUCUGAAUAAAAAUAUGUUUAAACUAGAGCAAAUAUGCAUCUUUUUUAGGGAAGCAAACCACCCCAGACUGGCAAUUCACUACGAACUAUUUGACCGUGUAUUUUCUAUCAUUAGGCAGGAGUUACUUUAAUUAAGUGUCUAUUUCCUUAUAAAAACUUCAAAUGUCUCGAUGACCCCUGGUAAAAUGUUUAGUACUGCAUCGUUCUUGAAAAAUAAGCUGACAUAGGUAUGAAUGUUUAAUAGAGUUCCGCUUAAGCCGGUGCUAGGGAGCGUGGGAGAUGUUGCACAUUUCAUUACCCAUCCCCAGCUUUUAUUAUAUUUGACUGGCUUAUCAUAGUAGGUUGUCCCCCUUGAAAACUAUCCGCUAAUCAAUAUUGGUUUCCCUACUGAUAUUAGUUUGAGCAAUAAAUUAUAUAGGAAAUUAAUUGUCGAUGAUUAAUUUCAAAUAUGUCUGUUGGUUUGUGAAUAUUUUACCAGAUAUGACAGUAAACUUCAAUUUCUGCUCUUCAAUUUAAUGUGAAAAUAUUUAUUCUAACUGAACAUCUUCUUGCUUCCAAUUUUGUUUUAAAAGUAUCACCAUCGCUUAUAUUGAACAUAUAGUGAAAAACACUAAACUUUUCAAUUUCUGUUACUUUAAGAUGCAAAUAAAUUAUGAUUAUCAAAGCAUGACAAUUUAUUAUCACAUAUGUAGGUAUUCUUGACUUUAUAAACAAUACAAUAAUAUAAUUAUUAGUGUAAUAGGGUAAAGGCUUCUUGCUUCCAUUUUACUUCGAAGUGUAUCAAGAAAUGAAAAACUUAUGGAUUUCUUAAAGUUCUGAUGUAACUUAAACCGUGUUAAUUUACGGAACUGCAUAUACCAACAAAUGACGUACGAUUCAAUAUAGUCUUUUGAAAUAAUAACGUUCAUAAUUGUCCAGUUAGUCAAACAAAUAGAAAAAAAUGAAAAGAACAGAAUAGAACAUAGCUUUGAUUUUUCACCAAACUGUUUAUGAGAACAAUACGAAUCAACAUAAAUUACAUAAUUUCCGUCUGAAAACUAAAUAUCUUUGGAAUAUUGAAACAUUCGACGACAGGAGAAAAACUACUUCAAAGAAUAAUUUUCUUAUGAAAUAGUGUAAUUUGCAAGUUAGGCGCUCAUUGAAA